GGAAAUGUGAUUGAUUAUGAAUUAUCAAAUGAAAUGAUGGUACUAUCAUCACUGAACUCGCUCUCUUUUCCAUCCAAAUUCAAAUUCACAUUUGGCAUUCUCAACCGUUUCUAUUUCUCAACCAAAUCCAACUUCAACGCCAUCGAUCGAGUCGUUUUUCGCUUUCGCAAUUUGGCUUCACUUGAUGAUGAUGAUGAUGAUGAUGAACCAACCCGAACCCUACUCCCUCGUCAGUUUUUGCACAGAGAAUGGAUUCGCACCGACGAGGCGGUUUUCCCGUCGGAGAAGGAGGUGUAUCAGCAACAAGAUAAGAAGAAGAAUGAAGUAAUUGCGCCGUGUUUGGCGGAAGAAGAGCUUAAACGAUUGCGAACAAUUGGAAUACAUCUUAAAAAGGAGAAGAAGGUAAGUGUCCCUCAAGCUGGCCUCACGCGUUCCGUGCUCCAAAAAAUUCAUCAUCAAUGGAAAAACAAUGAAUUGGUGUGCCUUAAGUUUCACCAACACCUUCUUGCUCCCAAUAUCAACUUAGCUCAUCGCAUCGUUCAGCAUCGAACUGGAGGAUUAGUUAUUUGGAGGUCAGGAAGUGUUAUGUGGGUGUACCGUGGUAACAAUUAUCAAGGGCCAAAAAUUGUGUGUCAACGUAUUUCAAAGGGAGGACCUGAGAACAUGACGCCGGAGGAGGUUGAGUUCGAUAGAAUGCUUGAUGAUUUUGGUCCUCGUUUUGUUGAUUGGUGGGGUACAGGAGUACUUCCUGUUGAUGCUGAUUUGCUUCCUUCUAUGCUACCUGGUUACAAAACACCUCUUAGGCUUCUUCCUGCAAGAAUGCAUCCACGGCUCACCAAUGAUGAGCACACAAAUAUGCUGAAACUUGCCAAAGCUCUUCCUUGUCAUUUUGCCUUGGGGAGAAAUAGAAAUCUUCAAGGUCUGGCGUGUGCUAUUCUUAAGCUUUGGGAGAAAAGUUUAGUUGCAAAGAUUGCUGUCAAGCGUGGUGUCCAGAAUACAAACAAUGAACUGAUGGCUCAGGAGCUAAAGAAAUUAACAGGAGGUACCUUGUUGCUAAGGAAUAAAUAUUACAUUGUAAUAUAUCGUGGGAAGGACUUCAUUCCAGCCAGUGUGGGUACCAUUUUAGCUGAAAGACAUGAAUUAAAGAAACAGAUGCAGGAUGUUCGGGAGAAGGUGGAGCGCAGAUCUGUUAAUGCAACUCCAUCUGAGGAAGAUCGAACAUCUGCACUAGCAGGGUCAUUGACUGAGUCUGAGUUCUAUGAAGCUCAAGCACCCUGCGGAAGGGACUUAUAUACUGUUGAACAUGAGAAGAUGAUGAAAGAGGCUGCCAAAACCAAAAAUGUUAGGCUCAUGAAAAAAGUUGAACUUAAACUAGCUGUUGCCCAGGCAGAUAUGUUAAAAGCAGAAAAGCUAUUAGCUGAACUAAAAGUGUCCAUGGUUCCAGCUGGUCCUGAUAAUGAGCGAGAAACAAUCACAGAUAAAGAACGUGUUAUGUUCCGUGCGGUUGGUUUAAAAAUGAAGGCGUACUUGCAACUUGGUACACAUGGUAUUUUUGAUGGUAUCAUUGAGAAUAUGCAUUUGCAUUGGAAGCAUCGAGAACUUGUUAAAUUAAUAACAAAAGAAAAGACUCUUGCAAUUGUUGAAAACACAGCUAGGUUACUGGACUUCAAGAGUGGUGGAAUUCUAGUAGCAAUAGAUAGACUUCCCAAAGGAUUUUCUCUGAUUUACUAUCGUGGAAAGAAUUAUAGGCGGCCCAUUAGUCUCCGGCCAAGAAACCAUUUAAUGAAAGCAAAAGCAUUGGAGCAUUCCAUAUCCAUGCAACGGCACGAGGCUCUGAGUCAGCAUAUAACUGAGUUGAGGGGGGAAAUAGAAGAAAUGAAAAAAGAACUUGGUUUGUCUCAAGAUUUGGAACCUGAAGAUAGGCUGUGCGUAAAGGACCCUAACCAGAUUGACCGCAUAUCAGAAUUCACUCAAACAGGGUACGGAAGAGAAAGGUUGAUGAAAGAAACUAAUACAAAAAAGGUUCUUCAUUGGAAUGAUGAUUAGUUAUCUACUUGUUAUGAUGGUGAUUCCGAUGAUAUGGAAUGGUGACAAUUCCAAAUUUUCAAACAUGGAAAAUGAUGGGUUUCUCGAGUGAAGGUGGGUUGUUGUAUUUUGCUAUUUGCAUUUUGAGAAGUUCCUGAAUGACAUCGGUCAUUUCCUGCAGUCGUCUAAGUAUUACCAACAUUGCUAUUGGAUCAGUUCUUCUGGUAGGCACAUAACUACGAUUUUAUAAAGGAAUGAUAUCAAAUUUUCUGGAUCAGUUGAAGGCAUCUUUUGCUUUUAAAGCUGACGUAUUUCUUGUUUGUUGCAAUUAAUAGCAUUAAAAGAAGUCUGCUCGCGUUCUCUAUAUCAUUAAUUUCUCCUACAUCUUGUGUUAUGAAGAGGCAGGCUUAAAGCAUUUAUAAUGGUUCUUCUUCUGUUUGCACAUUUUAGAUCUGUAAAACUGCAGUCCUAUUUGUUCAAAGUUCUUGAAAGAUGUGAUUACAAAAUCCAUCACCUCAAUGAUUCAAUGCCAGUUGAAGUUCCAUUGCUCUGGCAUAGUGUCUUUUAGGAUGUAUGGCUAAAUUGAGUAAUCUGAUUUGUUAUGUUUGUUUUCCUGAUGUUUAAUCGUUUUAUGAUUU